GACUCAGGCCUUUUCCUGUCCCCAGCAGCCGCAUCCUCGCCAGGCUUGGACCAGAGAAGCUGCUCAGAGCUGCCCAUGGCCUCCUCAUGGCCAACCUGAGUCUUCCCUGCAGCUUCCGGCCUGGUUUGGAAGGCCUGAGGACUCCAGGGCCGGCGGCUGCUGCCCCGAGGGACGCGGCCCUAGGCGGCGGCUAUGGGGGCCGCCCGGAUGGCUCCCGGCCUGGCGCUCCUGCUCUGCUGCCCAGUGCUCAGCUCCGCGUACGCGGUGGCAGACACGGAUGACGUCUUUACCAAAGAGGAACAGAUAUACCUGCUGCACCGAGCCCAGGCCCAGUGCGACAAGCUGCUCAAGGAAGUGCUGCAGACCGCAGCCAACAUCAUGGAAUCAGACAAGGGAUGGACGUCAGCGUCCACAUCCGGAAAGCCCAGGAAGGAGAAGACAUCUUCAAAGCUCUACCCCGAGUCCAAGAAAGACAAGGAGGUGUCCGCUGGCAGCAGGCGCCAAGGACACCCCUGCCUGCCUGAGUGGGACUACAUCGUGUGCUGGCCCCUGGGGGCUCCGGGUGAGGUGGUGGCCGUGCCCUGUCCGGACUACAUUUACGACUUCAAUCAUAAAGGCCAUGCCUACCGACGCUGCGACCACAACGGCAGCUGGGAGGUGGUGCCCGGGCACAAUCGGACGUGGGCCAACUACACCGAGUGCCUCAAGUUCCUGACCAACGAGACUCGGGAACGGGAGGUGUUCGACCGCCUGGGCAUGAUCUACACCGUGGGCUACUCCAUGUCGCUGGCCUCCCUCACCGUGGCCGUGCUCAUCCUGGCCUACUUUAGGCGGCUGCACUGCACGCGCAACUACAUCCACAUGCACAUGUUCCUGUCCUUCAUGCUGCGCGCCGCCAGCAUCUUCGUGAAGGAUGCGGUGCUGUACUCGGGCUUCACCCUGGACGAGGCGGAACGCCUCACCGAGCAGGAGCUGCACGUCCUCGCGCAGGCGCCACCGCCGCCCGCCGCCGGCUACGUGGGCUGCCGGGUGGCGGUGACCUUCUUCCUUUACUUCCUGGCCACCAACUACUACUGGAUUCUGGUGGAGGGGCUCUACCUGCACAGCCUCAUCUUCAUGGCCUUCUUCUCUGAGAAGAAGUACCUGUGGGGCUUCACAGUCUUUGGCUGGGGUCUGCCCGCCGUCUUCGUGGCUGUGUGGGUCAGUGUCAGAGCCACGUUGGCCAACACUGGGUGCUGGGACUUGAGCUCCGGGCACAAGAAGUGGAUAAUCCAGGUGCCCAUCUUGGCCUCCGUUGUGCUCAACUUCAUCCUCUUCAUCAACAUCAUCCGGGUGCUGGCCACCAAGCUUCGGGAGACCAAUGCAGGCCGGUGUGACACUCGGCAGCAGUACCGGAAGCUACUCAAGUCCACGCUGGUACUCAUGCCGCUCUUCGGCGUCCACUACACCGUCUUCAUGGCCUUGCCCUACACCGAGGUCUCAGGGACUCUCUGGCAGAUCCAGAUGCACUACGAGAUGCUGUUCAACUCCUUCCAGGGAUUUUUUGUCGCCAUCAUUUAUUGUUUCUGCAACGGUGAGGUACAGGCUGAGAUCAAGAAAUCCUGGAGCCGCUGGACACUGGCACUGGAUUUCAAGCGCAAGGCUCGCAGCGGGAGCAGCAGCUACAGCUACGGCCCAAUGGUGUCUCACACGAGUGUGACCAAUGUGGGGCCCCGAGGGGGACUCGGCCUGCCCCUCAGCCCCCGCCUGCUGCCCGCUGCCACCACCAACGGCCACUCCCAGCUCCCCGGCCACACCAAGCCAGGGGCCCCAGCCCUGGAGACGCUGGAGGCCACCCCCAAGGACGAUGGGUCCCUCACGGGCCCCUGCCCUGGCCUGGAUGAGGAGGCCUCGGGGCCCGAGCGGCCACACCCGCUGCUGCAGGAAGAGUGGGAGACCGUCAUGUGACAGCACCGGGUUGGACCCGUGGGCACGGGCGGCCAGGCAGACGGACCAAGUGACCAGUGGUUGGGCGGCUGCCCACUCAGGGCUGGGCCAGGAGGAGAAACGGGAAAAGAGAAAAAAGAAAAAAAAAGGG